UGAUAGUGAUUGCACCUCUGGUUGUUUUCUACUGGAGAGGUACAUGGCAAAUAAUGGACGUAUAUAGCUUCAAAGAUGAGCUUGAACUUUCUGCCUGGGUGUCUGUAGCAGUUGGGAAUUCUAUCAUAUUCGUACUGUCAAUCCUUCAAAAAGUAUCUGCUGCUGCAAACAAAAUAGAAAACCGACUUGUUUAUUUUGUCGUUUCUAGAUCUUAUUUGUACCUUCUAGGGUUCGGAUGCGUAAACCAAUGGCGUGGUAUAUGGUACCUGCUGGACAUUUAUACCGGGAUAACAUGGCAAGGUGCCACCGGAACUUUACUUUCUGGCGCAUGCGCUUUAUGUUGUUUUCGAUGCUUCAGGAGUUCUCUAGCCUCUCCGCUGGUUUUACAACUUGACAAUGACAGAGCCAGUAUGUUCACGUUAACAGGGAGAUUAUCAUCUAAGAUUGCCCCAAACCCGAUGUUUGCGUUGGACAUAUGCCUCACUGUCUUUAUAAUCAACAACUUCGUAGUAUUUUAUUGGCGUGGAAUGUGGACACUAUUCGACCUCUUUCUGGUUCCAGAGAACACACUCAGGUCUGCCGCAUACUGCUUUACUAUUAGCUUCACUUUGGCAAUCCCGGUUCUUAUCGGUCAACAUGCUGUCCAACUGGUGUCCCAAAAAUUACACGAGAACAUGUGUCUGCUGCAGAUUGUAUUUGAGGACUUUUUCAUGGCGUUGGCUGGAAUUGUGUGUAUAUGUCACUGGAGGGGAACGUGGCUUUCCCUUGACGCGAUCUUUUUCCCAAAUAAUGAAGAAUUGAGUGUCUGGGGAUCGCAUGUGAUCGGAUAUGUAGGUCUCAUAUUGUUGUGUUCUUUCAAAAGCUCUUUGAGUUGCGGCUGUGCGAUAGAUAAAACUAUUCAUGAAGUGGAACACAGUAUAUUUGAUUUGAAAUUCUUUUCGAAAUUCAGGAUACAACAAGCAGCCACGCAUUCCUUUACUCCGGCUACAGAAAUGUAAUAGGCUUGUGUCUUAACCCGUCAGCCGUUUAGGAGUUUAUACUGUCAAUCUCUCCACGACUGGCAUUCACAUGUACAUAAUU